AUGAAAUACACCGAUAUUGACUACUAUGUCUUCACCGACGCCGCGAGAUUCGUUGCUAACGGUCAGUCUCCCUACGACAGGGCUACAUACAGAUACACGCCCUUACUCGCCUGGUUACUUGUGCCCACGGCGUGGGGCAGCCACGGACCACUAGGGGCGCUCUGGUUUUUAUUUGGCAAAGCAUUAUUUGCCCUCGCGGAUAUUGUUGCGGGGUGGCUGAUUGUCCUGGUCUUGAAGAAGCAUCAGCAUAUGGAUACCACUCGAGCGCUGAAAUAUGCCAGUAUCUGGCUGUUGAACCCUAUGGUGGCGACAAUUAGCACGAGGGGGAGCUCCGAGGGCCUCCUUGGAGUAAUGGUUAUCGCUCUUCUGUGGGCUGUCUUGCAGAAGAAAGUAGUACUGGCGGGGUGUCUGUUAGGCCUGGGAGUGCACUUCAAAAUCUAUCCAUUUAUAUAUGGACCGGCAAUUCUAUGGUAUAUGGAUCAUACCGUGGAUGCAGAGGAUACGACAGAUCACCCAGAAGAAGAAUCGAGUUUAUUUCAGCGGACCCUUGGACUUUUGACACCGAACCGGCUUACACUUACUUUCACGGCAUUGGGCACGUUUGCCGCCUUCAAUGUAGGCAUGUAUCUGAUCUACGGACUGCCGUUCGUACAACAUACUUAUUUGCACCAUUUAACCCGCGUGGAUCAUCGCCAUAAUUAUUCGCCAUACAAUACGCUGCUUUAUUUGUCAUCAUCAGAGACGGCAAAUGGAGCAUCACGCAGCAAUUUCGAGUCUCUUGCUUUUAUUCCACAGUUGGGCCUGUCGGCAAUUUUAAUUCCUCUAGUGCUCGCAAGAAAGGAUCUCGCGGGAAGCUUGUUGGCGCAAACAUUUGCAUUUGUUGCAUUUAACAAAGUUUGCACAAGUCAGUAUUUCUUGUGGUACAUUAUAUUCCUUCCUCUCUAUCUUCCAUACUCUUCGUUUGUCGCACGACCUUUUUUGGGCGGAAGCGCUGCUACACUAUGGGUGGCUGGGCAGGUUCUCUGGCUCCGGCAGGGGUUCAAGCUGGAGUUUUUGGGGAUUUCUACUUUUUUCCCAGGUCUUUUCCUUGCUUGCUUGCUGUUUUUUGCUGUUAAUGUGUGGAUUUUGGGAAUCAUCGUGGGCGACAUUGGGGAAUAUCGCCCCUCCCUCAGCAGCGGUGCAAAGGGCAAGGUUUAG